AUGGCAUCCAGCCCUUCCAAAUUGGCAUCCAGCCCUCUCACAAUGGCGUCCAGCCAUCUCAGAUUGGCAUCCAGCCAUCUCACAUUGGCAUCCAGCCAUCUCACAUUGGCAUCCAGCCAUCUCACAUUGGCAUCCAGCCAUCUCACAUUGGCAUCCAGCCAUCUCACAUUGGCAUCCAGCCAUCUCACAUUGGCAUCCAGCCAUCUCACAUUGGCAUCCAGCCAUCUCACAAUGGCAUCCAGCCAUCUAACAUUGGCAUCCAGCCAUCUCAGGUUGGCAUCCAGCCAUCUAGCAUUGGCAUCCAGCCAUCUCACAGUGGCAUCCAGCCAUCUCAAAUUGGCAUCCAGCCAUCUCACAAUGGCAUCCAGCCAUCUCAGAUUGGCAUCCAGCCAUCUAGCAUUGGCAUCCAGCCAUCUCACAGUGGCAUCCAGCCAUCUCAAAUUAGCAUCCAGCCAUCUCAUAUUGGCAUCCAGCCUCCCCUUAGUGGCGUGUAACCCCCAGCCAAACGACAAUUCGGAAAUUCGACCGAAUCCAACGACCAAAUAA